AUGGGAGUCAUCAGUGGCUCAUGUCCAAUCGAUUCUGGAUUCAGUUUGAAUACAUAUUCUUCCAACAAAAAGAUCAGAAACCACUUGGCCAGAUACGACUCCUCCAGACUUCCAGCCCUCAUCGGCUCAGUUCCCGAAGAAUUCAACCAAGCAAGAUCUGGUGCCCGAAAGGUUGCUGUUAUCUUUAUUGGUGGUAAGGUCGAUGCCAUGGCUGUUAUCGAACAAGCUGAAGCUGCCCAUGCCGCUGGCAUUGAUAUCUUCUUUGCUGGUCACGAAACUGCUGAUAGAAACCUUCUUAAUGCUUUGGAAGAAAUUGGAUUCGGGCAACGACUCUUCCUUAACGGAUACAGCGCCAGAGGUCAAGCCGCUCAAUUCGUUGAGGCUUUAUGCAGAAUGGGUCUUGCCUACAUGAGAGAUCAUCUGUUUAAAAAAGCUCGACCAGGAGUUCCCCAUAUCUGUAUCGUCAUUACUGAUGGUGAAUCACAAGAGCCAGAGAAGACCGCCAAGGAAGCUCUAGGUGCUCGCCAGGCCGGUAUUGAUAUUUUUGCUAUUGGUGUCAGUGAGUCCGUCAACAGACAAGAAUUGAACAACAUUGCUGGAACCCCAGACCGAGUCAUCAUCGUCAAAACCUACGGUGAAUUGGAAGCAAUCAAAGACAAACUUUCUGGUCAAACCUGCAAGAAUGUCCCAACCCCAGCACCAACACAAGCUGCAGAAGAAUGUGGCAAAGACACACCAACUGAUAUUUACUACGUUUUCGACCCAGCAUCCCUUGGUUUGGACAUCACCGGAUGGGUUACCCAAUUCAUCAGCUACACCCUUGAAGUACGAGAAUUCAAAUUCAUGCAAAUGGGAGUCAUCAGUGGCUCAUGUCCAAUCGAUUCUGGAUUCAGUUUGAAUACAUAUUCUUCCAACAAAAAGAUCAGAAACCACUUGGCCAGAUACGACUCCUCCAGACUUCCAGCCCUCAUCGGCUCAGUUCCCGAAGAAUUCAACCAAGCAAGAUCUGGUGCCCGAAAGGUUGCUGUUAUCUUUAUUGGUGGUAAGGUCAGGUGUAAUACAAGAACCAAUGGUAGUGAUACUACGUCUUAG